AUGGGUUUCAAGUCGCUGGUUGCCGCUGCUACUAUCGCAGUGUCGUCCGUGGUGAACGGGGCGCCGCUGUCACUGGAAGAAAGACAAGCACCGAGCAGUGUACCCGACUACGUGCUGAAAUAUGCCCCAAUCGUAUAUCUACACUCGGACGACGCGUACCACCCCACCGAUCUCCAGUCCUUCCUCAACCCCACGACGCCGCGCGUAAACUACCAAGAAGUCCCGGGGCCCUCCAAGCCCCUGACAACGUUGAACCUGGAUCAAAUGGCCAGCAACGUGUGGCUCACGUCCAACGACGACGUGACCAAGAACCCCGAGUGGAUCAAAGGCACAAAGCCCAAUGCCAACGGCAAGACUGAGGGCGCCACCACCGCAGCUGUUAUCGUCAACGACAAGGGCAACGGCAAUGUAGAUGCUUUCUACAUGUACUUUUACGCCUACAACUACGGCGGCGAGGUCCUCGGGUGGAAGAAUUUGAACUUUGGCAACCACGUCGGCGACUGGGAACACACCAUGGUGCGCUUCUCCAACGGCUCACCCACCGCAGUCUGGUUCUCGCAGCACGCCAACGGCCAAGCAUUCCGGUACACAGCAGUGGAAAAAGACAGCGCAAGCGGACAGCGGCCCGUGGCGUACUCGGCCAAGGGCUCGCACGCAAACUACGCCAUACCAGGGACGCACGACCACACCAUCCCCAAUCUGAAUCUACCCGGCGGCGUUCUGGAAGAUUACACCAAUCGUGGCACGCGCUGGGACCCGCUGCUGAGCGCGUGGUUCUACCGCGUGCGCUUUAGCAGUGCGAAUCCCCAGUUCGAGGCGUACGACGGCAAGGCGCCCACGGCGUGGCUGGGAUUCAAGGGCCGCUGGGGCGACGAGCAGUACCCGGAUAGCGAUAAACGCCAGUUCAAACUGUUUGGCCAGGCCAAGUUCACGGGCGGUCCUACGGGUCCCGCCGACAAGCAGCUGAAUCGCGAGAAGGUGUGUCCUGAGAAUGGCAACCUGUGUAUCUUGCGCAGUAUCCUGGUGCCGAGGAGGAGGAGGAGGGAAACGGAGGGGUUUGUGAGGCAGGGUGAUGAAGUGGUGGUUUGACCGUCAUCCUGAUUAAUACUUUGAUACCCGGAUUUUUCAUAUACUACAGGAAAUGUAAUAAUAGUAAUGUUUACAACAUGGCAUAAGCGCUGUUCUUUUGCCCAUAUCAACUUUGUGAAUAGAACACGUGCUACUUCAGG